GCCGCAGGCAUGACCACUGCGGCGGCGGCGGCGGCGGUGGCCCGCGGUGCCGGGGUGAGGGCGGCGGCCGUGGCGGCCCUGUGGGGCGGUGGCGGCGGGACUGCGGCCGGGAGGCGGCCGCGCUCGGGCCCCGCUCGGCCCUUGUGCACCGCGCCCGGGACCGCCCCGGACAUGAAGCGCUACCUGUGGGAGCGCUACCAGGAGGCGAAGAGGAGCACGGACGAAUUGGUUCCUUCGAUUAUGAGCAACUUGCUGAAUCCAGAUGCCAUUUUCUCCAACAAUGAAAUGAGCCUGUCGGACAUCGAGAUCUACGGCUUCGAUUACGAUUACACCCUGGUGUUCUACUCCAAGCACCUCCACACGCUGAUAUUUAAUGCCGCUCGGGACCUUCUCAUCAACGAACACCGGUAUCCCGUGGAAAUCAGGAAAUACGAGUACGACCCCAACUUCGCCAUCCGCGGACUGCAUUACGACGUGCAGCGGGCAGUGUUGAUGAAGAUUGAUGCUUUUCAUUACAUCCAGCUGGGGACUGUCUACAGAGGCCUCAGCGUGGUCCCCGAUGAGGAAGUCAUUGAAAUGUACGAGGGGUCCCACGUGCCCCUGGAGCAGAUGAGCGACUUCUACGGAAAGAGCUCCCACGGCAACACCAUGAAGCAGUUCAUGGACAUCUUCUCCCUGCCAGAGAUGACCCUGCUGUCCUGUGUGAACGAGCACUUUCUGAAGAACAACAUCGACUACGAGCCCGUGCACCUGUACAAGGACGUCAAGGAUUCAAUUCGGGAUGUUCACAUCAAAGGGAUAAUGUACAGAGCAAUCGAAGCAGACAUUGAAAAGUACAUUUGCUAUGCUGAGCAGACCCGUGCAGUAUUGGCCAAACUGGCUGAUCAUGGCAAGAAGAUGUUUCUCAUCACCAACAGUCCCAGUAGCUUCGUGGACAAAGGGAUGAGGUAUAUUGUUGGGAAAGACUGGAGGGAUCUGUUCGAUGUGGUCAUAGUUCAGGCCGAGAAGCCAAACUUCUUCAAUGAUAAGCGGAGACCUUUCCGAAAGGUGAAUGAGAAAGGUGUCUUACUCUGGGAUAAAAUCCACAAGUUGCAGAAAGGCCAGAUUUACAAGCAGGGCAAUUUGUAUGAAUUUUUGAAGCUCACUGGGUGGAGAGGCUCCAGAGUGCUGUAUUUCGGGGACCACAUAUACAGUGACCUGGCGGAUUUGACCCUGAAGCAUGGCUGGCGGACUGGUGCAAUCAUCCCCGAGUUAAGGUCGGAGCUCAAAAUCAUGAACACGGAGCAGUACAUUCAGACCAUGACCUGGCUGCAGACCUUGACUGGCUUGUUGGAGCAGAUGCAGGUUCACAGAGAUGCUGAGUCGCAGCUGGUCUUGGAGGAGUGGAAAAAGGAGAGGAAGGAGAUGAGGGAGAUGACCAAGAGCUUCUUCAACGCCCAGUUCGGAAGCCUGUUCCGCACAGACCAGAACCCCACCUACUUCCUGAGGCGCCUGUCGCGGUUCGCGGACAUCUACAUGGCGUCUCUGAGCUGCCUCUUGAACUACGACGUCAGCCACACCUUCUACCCCAGGAGGACUCCCCUGCAGCACGAGCUGCCCGCGUGGUCCGACAGGGCCACCACCUCCAGGGCGCCCCUCCUGCAGGAGGCACAGGCCAAGUAACCCUGGCCCCCUGGGGAAAGGGCCAGAAGCAGCCCGUGUCCACUGGAUGGGGUGGACUCUGGGUGGGCCCAGUGGCUUUCUGAAGAGACACGGUAGGCUUUUGAU